CGUCGCCAUGGCGACGGGAAUCCGGGCCUACCGCCGCCGUUGGCCGCUUGCAGCCUACCUACCCCGACCUCUGCAAAGUGGUCGAAAAUAACCCGCAACCGCUGAUCCACCAUCCGCCGCGAAAGAGAAACACCGUUGGCAGGUGCCGAAAUUUAAGAUGACUACUGAUGCUUUAAACAUGGCGCAUGCACCAAUACCUCCAAUACACAUUGGUGCUACAGUACCCGAGUCAUUUACUGUGCUUCAACAUCGGAUCAUUGCAGCUGAGGAGCAAACAGAUGCUAUAAUUCAAGAAUUAGAGAGCCUGGGAUUCGGUGUUGAGGCCUCUGGAGUACCCAAGAUUAAUGAUUAUAACAGUCACAGGCCUGUCAGUCCCCUCCAUGCCAGAAAAGCAUUUGGUGUUGAAAGUGAGGUUCUAUGGAAAAAUUAUGAAUUUCUCGUGAGCCGUGUAUGCCGACUGGAAAGUGUUAUACAAACAAUGAAAUUAAAUCUAUUUCGAAUACAGACAGCAAAAGAGCUCAACCCAGAAUAUUCAGUGGACCAAUUAGCUGCAAUGCAGGAAGAACAUGUUCAGGAAGUAAAGAAAAUACAGCGGGAUAUUAUGCGUUUCCGACAGCAGCUGAAUGAAGUUAGUGAAGAAAAAGAGGCAGCUCAGGAUGAAAUAGAAAGGCUGAGUGCUGCUCUGGAAAUAACCACAACAACUAAGACAAAUAUGGCAAUGGCAGCAGAAGAACGGAAAGCAACAAACACCAGAAUGAGCCAUAAAAUGCAAGAGGUGACACAAGAAUUGGCCCAGGAAGUAAAUCUCCGAAAAGCAUUGGAAGAAUCCCAUAUUCAUCUGUUACAACGGGUGCAGGAAUUGGAUAAAGUCGUGGAGAUUGAAAGAAAGCAGGUCAAGGUGCUGCAGCAGGACAGCCUUGCACUCAGAAAAAAUGAGCAGAUGACUCAAGAGAGAUUGCAACAAGAGCUGCAAAAAGCAAGUGAUUUUGAGAAAAUUCAAAAACAGCUAAAAAUAGAAUCAGAAGCUAAGAAGUCCAUUAUUUCCUUGCUGGCAGAUGAAGGCAAGAAAACACAACUGAUGUUAAAGAGCCAACAGGAAGAAAAUGCCAACCUUCAAAAUGAGAUUGCAUCACUGAGGAAUUUGGUGGAAAAGUUGCAGGCUUUGAAUGACCAGCUAGAUGCACAGUGUACAGAAAUGAGUGACACACUGCGUUCUUUAUCUGUGGAGAAUGCUAAUAUUAUAAUAGAGCAUGAAACGUCUUUAAAGGGUGAACAGGAAAAAAUGAAAGAAAAAUUGCAUGAACAGGAACUUUUACUGGAUGCAGCUCGAGCAAGUAUUUCAGCAGAUCUCCAGUGUGCAGUGAAUGAAAAGCAUCAGUUAAAAACGAAGUUAGAAGCUCUAAGACUCAAGUAUAUGGAGAUGCAGCAGAAAUGUGAGACAAUGCAGAAAAGGGCAAUAACACAACAGAUGCUUCUUGAGUCUGAAAUUACCCACCUAAAAGAGAACUUGAAGACAUCUGUUAAUGAAUGUGAACACAUUAAAAAGGAAAAGGAAACCCAAAUGGACCAGGCAAAAAACACAAUUGAUAAUAUUACAAAGGAGAAGAACAUACUUGAGAAACAAGUAACUGAGAAUCAGUCUAGAGUGCAGAAAUUACAGGAAGAACUACAGUGCAGAUUUGAUGCUGGCUUUGAAAAUGAUCAAUUACGGAAAGUUAACGCACUGCUUGAGACUAAAUAUUCUCAGAUACAGUUGAUACUAGAACAAAAGGUAAAAGACUUGGCCUUGACCGUAAUUUCACAUGAUCAAGCACUUUCUGAAACACAAAAGCUUAAAGAUCAUAUAGAGAUGAUGGAAGAUAAAGAAAGACAGAAGAUUACAAAUCUUCAACGACAUUUAACAGACUCUAAGCAAGAUAAUAGUCAAAUGGCAGCAACUGUGGAGAAUGUGUUAUCGUCACACAGACAACUCCAGCAGACAAUGGAUAAACUACAAAUGGAACUUGGACAAAGAAUCAUGGAGAUACAUAGCUUGCAAAAGGACAAGUCUCAUGCCCAAAUAAUUCUACAGAGACUGCAGGCUGAGCUGGAAGAUCUACAGGGUAAACUGGCUAACAUGGAAGCACAACACAAUGUUUGCUCCAGAAAAUGUUCUCCCACUCCAGGUAGUCUCAAGGGGAUGCCUUUCCAUAAAGGACUAGAUGUUGCUCGACAAGAUAAUAAGAAACUAGCAAACAGUUUGGAACAGACUUUGCACGCAAGCAAUAAUUUACAGAUUAAAUUAAAUCGACUACAAGAUGAAUUGGAUAAUAAAGAAAAUCAGCAGCAGCAACUUCUCCACAACAGAGAACAAGAAACUGAGAAUGCAAAAAUGGAAUCCAAAAUAUUCAAUGAACAAAUUGAAACUUUGAAAAAACAAUUCCAAAAUGAGCGAGAGAUAGUGAGGAAAGCCAGUCAAAAAGAAAUCAUUGAACUUAGAAAAGCUCUGGAUGAGACCACAUCCAGAUCUGCAGAUCUUUCACGGGCUAAUAGAGAAUUGCGACUGAAAGUUACUGAAUUUGAGAAGAGCAUAAUGUGUUUGAAGGCAAAGAUCAAAGAUCAGAAAACACAGCUGAAACACUAUCUGGAGUCGAAAAAAACUGCUGCUCAAAAUACAGAAAGAAUCAAGGAGUUUGAAGCUGAUUUGAAGCAGAUGGAGAUAAUAAAAGAUCAAUAUCAGAAAAAGAACAAUGAGCAGUCUCAAAUGAUUCUAACGUUUAGGAAAGAGAUGCAGAUGUUACAAGAGGAACUUCAGAAUGUGGCAAAAAGUCAAAAUGAAGCAUCAUCACUCUACAGACAACAAGAAAUUCAGCUAAAGAAAGAACGCAAGCUCAGUCUAGAGCUGAGGAAUAAAUGUCAGGGUCUUGAGGAGAAGGUAAAACAUCUACAAAAUUGCACAGAGGAAACUGAGCACAAGCUAAAGGAAGCAAGUUUGGAAUCACAACAGAUCAGUGCUAAUUUGGAGGAAGCACAUAAAUGGUUCAAGUCCAAGUUUGACAGACACCAAACAGAACUGAUAAAAACACGUGGAAUAGAUACAUCAAAAGAACAAUUGUGCAAUUGUGAAAAUUUCAAGAAGACGAGCAGGGAAAUAUGUUUGAGCUCAAGACAAAAGUCAAAGGCUAUCGCUUGUCCAGCAGAUGCCAGGCAGGUCAUGCGGCACAGGAAAUCCUCCACCUCUCCAGAACGAGACGAUUUGACCUGACCUUACGAAAUACUCUGUUCGGAAUUUCAACCUCUUCCUACAAGGAGGUGCACCAGAGCUCUUCAAAAUUAGCAUACAAGUACAGAUUGCCAAUAACACUGGAUCAUUUUUCAGUAGGUCGUAUUUUUAGCAGCACCACAUAAACAAUGCAUACCAGGAUAAUCAACAACAACUGAUUGCUCAAACGGACUACAAUGUUAUUAUUAUUGUUAACCCUGAUAUGUUGAUAGCCUACGACAGCCAGAUAGGGUCAUUGGAUCCUUUUCUAUGACCAUGCAGUAUAAACCUGGCACAUCGGGUGAUAACAGUGAGCCAUCGUCUCAAACUGACUGCACCUCCUCAAGCAUGUAGCAUAGCUGACUUUAUAGAAUGGUUCUCUUCUCACAAGAGACUCAACAUCCUUGACUUCAGCAGCCACAACAAAAAGUUAUCCAUCAAUUUAUAGUGCUUUGUCUCUUCAGAUUUAUGCCAGCAUUUAAAUUUCUCUUUCCCUUCAUUUUAAUGUAUUGUCCCAUUGAUUUUGAAAAACUGUUAAUGGGUUAAGAUGCCUUCUAAACGAUUACUACAGUGCAUAUUAGUUUUUAUGCAGCCACUUUGCCUUUUAUUGUUACUUCAAAUGUUGCUUAAUGCAGUCUUUUCACCGAUUAGUGGUCUACUAUUUAGCCAAGUCCCUACUCACAGAUGAAGUUGUACCAACUCAAAAAACAAGAAAACAAUUGGGUAUAAGUUGCACACUUUCAUUUCAGGUGGUCUAAAAAUGUAAAUUGCUAUUCAGGUAGUAAUAAAAUGAAAAAUGGAGAAUGUAGUUUUUGAUUGUUACUGUAUAUCAUCAGCAAAUUUUCGAAGAACUGUUGUGUGUGGAGUGUGUUCGCAGAACAGGCAAUUUCAAUCAAAAUUGUGCAUUGACUUUUUUAAAUUAUAUAUAAUACUUAAUAUUAUAUUUCUCAGUGAGAAUGUAUUACAGAUUAAUUUAUUUGAAAGUCAUUAUUUAAAAUAGUGUAAAAUAUCAAAUAUUCACAAUCUAUUUACAGAUCAAACCCCCUUUUCAGUUAGAUGAAAUAUAGUAUUUUCUCCCAAUUUAGCUGAAGUAUUUGAAUUUCUGGCAGAUAGUUAUACAAAUGUGUAAUGUUGUACUAGUGGUGUUGCUGCAUCAAUCUAGUAAAUUGUCAUGUUGUUCCAGUCCAUAUGUCAUGUAUCUCAUUUUGUUUGUUAAAGCACAAGUGAUAAAUAUUUUUUAAAUGUAAAUUCAAUGUAGAGUAAAUCAUGAUUUUUUAUAUACAUUUUAUAAAAACACUGGAUUCAUUAAAAUGUCAUUGUCUUAAUUUGAUGACUAACAUUUCUGUGAAUUAUUGAGUUAACUUGCAAUGAAACAAUUCUUGGCUAUAAUUUAUUGAAUUAAAUUUAUAUUUAAGCAUC